AUUAAACAUUCGUCGUCUGGUCACACUGUUAAAGCUCGAAAGUCGAAAGGGCCAAAGUUUGUUUAUCAUUGUUAUUCGGCACUUUGGCCAUAAAAAUGAGCUCCAUCAAGAUUGAAUUUGCAGUGCAGAUGCGCAAGGGCGAUGAGGCGUACGCCGGAGCACUGCGAUCGGCGCUGGAUGGCGUGGGCCAGGUGGAAAUCGACACCCAGGAGGGCCGAGUGAUUGUCCAGACGCAGCGACCUUGGUCCGAGAUUCACGACAAGAUCGAGGCCACCGGGCGCAAGGCCGUACUCUCCGGUUUCGGCGGCCAGUCGGCGGUGGCGCUCAUCAACACCACGGGUAGUGUGGUGGAUAGAACGCCCAUCCAGGGAGUGGUCCGGUUCACCACCAUAACGGCCCAGGAGCCCGGAGUGGUGGUCGAUGGCGUGGUGGACGGACUGACGCCCGGCCUCCACGGAUUCCACAUUCACGAAAGCGGUGACACCUCCGCCGGCUGCUCUUCCGUCGGUGAACACUACAAUCCCCGCCAGUCGCCCCACGGAAGCCCCACAUCGGCGGCAACAGAGCGACAUGCCGGCGAUUUGGGCAACAUUCGGGCCGAUGAGAGUGGCAGGGCCACCUUCAGAUUCGUGGAUCCAGUGCUGGAGGUGUGGGACAUCAUCGGCAGGGCUGUUGUCAUCACAGACGCUCCCGAUGACCUGGGACGUGGUGGCCACGAAAGAAGUCUGGUCGAUGGCAAUUCCGGCGAAAGGAUUGCGUGUGGCAUUAUUGCUCGUUCGGCUGGUAUCCUGGAGAAUUUCAAGAGAAUCUGUGCCUGCGAUGGUGUCACCCUUUGGGAUGAGCGCAAUAAGCCACUGGCUGGCAAGGAGCGCUCCCAAAAGCUGUAACUUUGUUUCCUUUGUCGACUUUGUAAAUAAAUGUAUUUUUUGUAACUA